AUGGCUUCCUACUUUCCCGAAGGCGAAUGCUUCUUCGUCAGGUCGUCCCUGAAUUACGGAAACAACUGGUCUGCAGACAACGCGGAGCAGUUCUACAGCCAUGUCCUCAUAGAAUACCAGUGGAACGGCUGGGUCGGCAGCGGAAACGUCGCGCCGACACACCCGCGAUCUCGAAUUGAGGGCGGGUAUGCCAACCUCUACAACACCCGCUUCGUACAAUGGGACAGAUUCUUUGUCGGCGAGAGCAAGACCACGGAUCCCGGUAGCAUGCUCGCCAUCACCAGCCACCCAAACAGUCUGAACUGGAACGAGAUGCGUGACCGCGACAAGGGUGGACCGAGAAAGUACAUCUUGCGUCCCGUCAAGAUUCGCAACAAAGACACGCAGUGGCUAUGGAUUGAUGCCACGAUCCCGAUCCGGGCAAUUUACUUCCCCGUCUGCCAGCAGACCGACGAAGCUUACAAGCAGUAUUGCACAUACGUCGUCAUUGACUUCAAGGCCCGCGAGACGAUCAACUGCUUCAACACCGUAGGAGAGCCAAGGACCUACCCGUCUACCCGUGAGGCAGGUCUCGGCCUUGAUCGGGGCCUGACGUGGCUCUUCAAGGUCCCGGACCUAGUAACAUACCUGACUAUCCCUCACAAGGUGCGCAAUCCCGAGUACGGCGUCUACAACGCAAAGACCAAGACCGAUGCGCUGUUCCUCGUCGCGUACGCGGGGCUUAAUUGGAGAUCCAACGAUAAUUUGGCUGCAGAGGGCUUCCAUCGCGAAAUUGAUCUCGCCAACGUCAUCAGCGCGACGUUUGGGGUUGAAGUUGGCUGGCGUCCGUACAAGUACUCUUCUUUCAUCCUAGACCUGGUCACGCACGUGGUUCAGCUCGGUCUCGGGUUUAUUCCUGGGGCUGGGCCCCUUUUGUCCGUGGCCUUUGGGAUUGGACUGCAGCUCCUCAAUGACCCUGAUACCUUCAAGGCGGACAAUGUCUUGGACAUUGGCGCCGCGGUGCUGUCUACUUUGAUUGCUUCGGCUGGGAAGUCAAAGAAGUACGUUGCUCCGGGCUUCCUGCCGGGCGCAACCUUGUCUUCGACAAGGAUGGCGAGUAUGCGGAUGGCCCCCAGGGCUUUGGCGUCAGCUCCGGAGGCUGAUGAUAUGAUGGCUGAUGAGGUGGAGGACAUCGACGAGGGUGAUGCCGCUGAGAAGAAGAGAGCUGGAGAGGAGGAGAAUGCGCGGAUCACGGCGAAUAUUCAGGCGCAGCGGCAGGUUCUUGAGUUGAAGCUGGAUCAAGCGUUCCGGAGAGCAGGAUAUUGA